AUGUCUUUCAUCUACAAGUUCGCCGCUCUGGCCUUUGCCUCUACUGUUUUCUCUUACCCCCGCCCCCAGUGGACCAGCAGUGUAGGCGCCGGCCAGGUUAUCACGCACUGCACCACCCCCAACACCAUUGCCCUAACCUUCGACGACGGCCCGUCCCCCUACACCAACCAACUUCUUGACAUCCUCGCCGAAUACGGCGCGAAAGCCACCUUCUUCGUCCUGGGCGAUGCAGUCACCUCGUCCCCCGAUGCGAUUGUUCGCGCACGGCGUGAAGGCCACCAGAUCGGGUCUCACACGUAUGCUCUAUCCUACCAUAUUUAUAACGUGUACCAUGCAUCUUGUGUUGCGAUUCGCAACGCAAUCGACUCUAUGUUCAACCCUUCUAACCUACCUAGUUAUUCCCACCUGAGCCUUUCGUCCCUGUCCAACGAAGAAGUCGCACAACAGAUGACACGACUUGAAGACACCCUGCGUCCCAUCAUGGGUGACGCACCCACCUACAUGCGUCCACCUUAUCUCGAAGUCAACAACAAUGUUCUUUCCGUUCUGCGCGAUCUCGGAUACAAGGUGAUCUCGAGCAGUGUUGAUACCAAAGACUACGAGAACAACGAGCCGUCGCGGAUCAGUCUCAGUUUCGACAAGUUUGUGAGCGAGUUGAACGCAGGUGGAAAUAUUGUAUUGGCGCAUGAUAUUCAUGAGCAGACGGUUGUUACGCUUGCGAGGAAGAUGCUGGAGGAGAGUAAACGGAGGGGGUUGAAGGUUACUACCGUUGGCGAGUGCCUGGGCGAGACGGAGGCGGAGUUGUAUCGCCAGGGCCGCUAA